AUUCGAGGCGAUAGCGAAGUUGAAGGCCAACAAGUGCCCAAAUGAGAGCAUCCGGGGAUUCUCCUCCACGUCCUCCAUUUCAUGGGGCGCGAUAACAUUUGGUCAGGCAGGGCCUGGAAUUUUGAAGGCCCAAUAUUGAACUUGCGCACCAAAAAAACCCGUUGUUUCCCCGAGUCUCCCUGGUCGAGACCCGAUUCUCUCAUUCAUCAGCGCAACUGACAUCAACCCAUUGAACCAUGCCUGUUUUUCGGAAAACCUUUUCGAGGUUUUCUUCUCUGUUUACUUCCCGGGCUGCAGAACCCAAGGCCGACUCGUCAUCACCAGCAGAGACGGAUUUUGAUUGCACUGCAGGUCCCUCUUCAAAUACUCGCUAUCGCGUCUGCCAAACAUUGUCAGCACAUGGUGUUGCCAAUGCGGUCUGGUUUGAAGAAGUUCUCAAAGCCUACAGCCGCAAAACUUGCACCGGAAAUUUGCUUCUACUUGUCUCAGAGCCUACCAAGGCCGCAGAUGUUUUAACUCAAGGUGGAAGCCUACAGAAGAAAGAGAACAACGCUGUUCAGAAUCGAGGACUCCUCAGCCGAGGCGGAAUCACAAUCGAGCCAAAAACGCAAAGUAGCAGUAACAACGGCGAUUCGGAAGAAGGAGGCUGCCAGACUAGCGACUGCGUGGUGCUCCUUGAUGCCGCUGUAUGGGACUACGACCUCUCUACGGCAACUAUUCAGCCAGACUUAUGCCCAGCCCCGCUACCUACGCUUGAAGAUUUUCUCGGAUCUUUGAUGAGAUAUUGGCUAAGAUUAUCCGAAGAGGAUCUUGAUUCCGACCCCCUUUGGUCUCACAAGCUUAGCUCUCUCAUUCACAACGCUUAUUGCAUCGGAGGAUCGUAUGAGGCCCUGAUCAAGAGUGACGAGUUCACAAAAAGAUUACCCCCUGAAGUUCUCGAACUACAUUUCGAUUUGACUGGAGGCUACCCAGGGCAAAGUGAUAUCGACAGCUUCCGCAAGCACGAAUAUCAUUCGAUGCGAUCUGAACAAAUCCAAAAGGGCACAUUCACUCCGCGACCAUAUCCCACCGGCAACGUUCCGCUAUCCCUGGCCGAAUAUCCAGAACUUACUGGUGUAUACACCGUGCUGGAAAGGGCCAAAAAGCCAUCAAAUGUGAAAAAGCCUAGCAAGAAGGCCAAAAGAAUGUCGAAAACCACCGAGAAUAAUCGCUUAGCUCCUCUGAGCGAGGAGGCAUCAAUUGCCCCUCAGACCUCAGAAGCCGUGCAGCUACAGAUCAUGUCUGACCUGCAUUUGGAAACACCAAAGAUGCUACCCAUGUAUGGUGACUUUACGAUUCCCAGUCGCUGUCCACACCUGGCCCUUCUCGGGGAUAUUGGCAGUGUCUGGGAUGAACGACUUUUUACGUUUCUUCGCGCCCAACUUCUUCAGUUCGAGACGGUUUUCUUUGUGAUGGGCAAUCAUGAGCCAUACCCUGCAACCGACAGCCAGUACGAUGGCUCUGCAACCUGGGAAAAGGCAUUGUCCAUCAUGCAGGAAUUCGAGGAAACGCACAACGCAAACAUGGAAACUUCCAAGCAAGCGGCUUUAGACUCAGAGUCGCGCAAGGCUGGCCGUUUCGUGCUGCUAAACCGCCGCCGCUUCGACCUCUCGCCCACCAUCACCAUCCUCGGAGCGACACUCUUUUCGCGCAUAGCCGACGACCAGCGCAGCACCACCUCCCUGUUCCUAUCCGACUUUUCCAACAUCUCCAAUUGGACCGUCGACGACCACAACGCCGCCCACGCGGGGGAUCUCGCAUGGCUGAACCGCGAGGUUGCCGCCGCAGAGCAGGAAGGCCGGUCCGCCGUUGUUCUGACGCACCACAGCCCGACCAUGCUCCCCGAGGCCAACGACCCAGACCACCUCGAGGACGACCGGGGCGUGCAGAGCGCUUUCGCCACCGAUCUAAGCGCUGAGGUCUGCUGGACCAGUCCGUGCGUCAGGGUGUGGGUGUUUGGGCACACGCAUUUCAACUGCGACUUUGUGCUUCGGGGUGACGUAGGGGAGGAUGGGUUGCGAGGGAAGGGAAAGAGGGUGGUGGCUAACCAGAGAGGGUACGGCAGGGAUGAUGCGUAUAGCUUCGACCCGGAGAAGGUUGUUACUAUUGAGGGUUAGUAUUACACGUCGAGGAUGCUCCUGAAGGACUCAAAAUCAUUUCGGGACUCCGAUUCUUCGAUCCUUUUCCAAUAUGUAAUAUUUUCGCAGCUAGCUAGCAUACAGUGGCUACUGUGAGAGAAUCUGGCGAGGUUGUCAAUGUAGCUUAGGAGUAAGUACCAGGAAAAGAACUCAAACUCUGUAUGAUCAUGAUUUACAAAACCUUCGUUGAUUGAUAAAAAGACAUUAAUAUAGUAC